ACUUGCAUGUAUGUGCAGGAAUAUUAGGCUUGUUUUUCCAUCUGUAUUACAUUCAUCAGCUAGCUGCCUUACGCCAGUAGCGUUAACUGAGAGGACACAUGCAGCGUUGCAUCGGGCACGAUGAGUGACGAUGGAGAAAUUGCAUCUGUCAUGGGAUUCUCAGGUUUUGGUAAGAAGGCCCGCACAUUUGACCUGGAAGCCAUUUUUGAACAGACCCGUCGAACAGCCAUUGAGAGGAGUCAGCAUGUAUUAGAGGAGCGGCAGAAGGAUGAUCAGAUGGAGGAAGGGGAAAGCUCCCAAUCAGUCAAGUCACCAGUCAACGCUCCGAAAGACAAAGCUGCAGCGGCCACCGCCAGAAAACAGGAGAGUGAGAGCAGUAGCGACAGUGGUUCAGACUCAGACUCAGACUCAGACUCUGAGCUUAUUGGGCCUCCACUGCCUCCACAACAUACAGCCCAGGACGAUGAUGAUGAGCUUGGCCCGCUGACUCGUCCAUCAGGCAGCACUGCUCAUAGUGAUGACGACGAUGAUGAUGAAGGGGAGGCACAAGAUGAUGACGAUGAUAAUCCAGUGAAGAAGAUUCCAGACACUCAUGAGAUCACUCUGCAGCACGGCACCAGGACAGUUUCGGCUCUUGGCCUGGACCCCUCUGGAGCCCGUCUGGUGACCGGUGGCUAUGAUUAUGAUGUGCGUUUCUGGGAUUUUGCCGGGAUGGACCAGGCUCUGCAGGCCUUCAGGUCCCUCCAGCCCUGUGAGUGCCAUCAGAUCAAGACCCUGCAGUACAGCACCACUGGUGACGUCAUCCUGGUGGUUUCUGGCAAUGCACAGGCCAAGGUGUUGGACCGUGAUGGCUUCAAUGUCAUGGAGUGUGUGAAGGGAGACCAGUACAUUGUGGAUAUGGCCAAAACCAAGGGUCACACGGCUAUGCUUAAUAGUGGCUGCUGGCAUCCCAAGAUUAAAGAAGAAUUCAUGACGUGCUCCAAUGAUGGCACUGUGCGCACAUGGGACGUGAGCUCUGAGAAGAAGCACAAGUCCGUGUUCAAACCGCGUUCCUUCCAGGGGAAGAAGGUCAUCCCCACGUGCUGCACCUACAGCCGCGAUGGGAAGCUCAUUGCAGCUGGCUGCCAGGAUGGCACCAUCCAGAUCUGGGACAGAAACCUCAGCGUUCAUACAAAGUUCCACUGUCGGCAAGCACACAUUCCAGGAUCGGACACCUCCAGCCUCGCCUUUUCCUACGAUGGCAUGAUUCUCGCUUCACGUGGAGGUGAUGACACUCUCAAGAUGUGGGAUAUACGUAACUUCAAGAAGCCUGUGAACGUAGCUACUGGCCUGACCAACUGCUUUUCAAUGACUGAUUGCUGUUUUAGCCCCGAUGACAAGCUUCUUGUAACGGGGACCUCUGUGAAAAGAAACGAGGGAAACGGGAAGUUGGUUUUCUUUGACCGAGCUUCCUUCCAGAAGGUCUAUGAAAUAGAAGUCACCAAUGCAAGUGUCGUCCGCUGUCUGUGGCACCCAAAACUUAACCAGGUAAUGGUGGGAACCGGAAAUGGACUGGCCAAGGUCUACUAUGACCCUGUUAAAAGCCACAGAGGGGCUAAGCUGUGUGUAGUGAAGAGCCAGCGGAAGGAGAGACAAGCAGAGACGCUAACACAAGAUUACAUCAUCACACCUCAUGCCUUACCCAUGUUCAGAGAGGCCCGGCAGCGGAGUACACGAAAACAGCUGGAGAAGGACCGUCUUGAUCCAAGGAAAUCCCACAAACCCGAGCCUCCUGUGUCAGGACCAGGUCGUGGAGGAAGAGUAGCAGCUCAUGGUGGCACUCUGUCGUCAUUUAUCGUAAAGAACAUUGCUUUAGAUAAAACAGAUGACAGUAACCCACGACAGGCCAUCCUACGUCACGCCCAGGAUGCUUCAGAAAACCCUUACUGGGUUGCCCCGGCAUACAAACAAACUCAGCCAGUUCCUCUGUUUGCAGAGGAUUCAGAGGAGGAUGAGGAAGCUGAAAAGGAACCAGAGUGGAAAAAACGCAAGAUCUGAGGUGCCGCAACAGCAGCUAAUUUUAUAUAGAAUAGCAGACAGGGUGGGCUUGUGUUUGUAUAUAUAUCGUCGUAACCACGAGGUCUCAGAAUCAAUCCCCAAACACUUAGUUACUGCCAGAAACUGCAUAGGAGCAUCGAUUACGUUACUAAAAAGAACAUUCUCUGUCCUCUCUCGUAAUGUUUGCAUAUAUGUAUUUAUGUGCGUGCUUCUGUGUUGAGGGGUAGCACAUAAAUGUGCAGGUUUUUUUACUGUGUAAGCAUAAUAUAGUUUUAUACAAUUUUAUGUUCUACUCCUUCAGUUUGCCAUUAAUCAACCUCUGGAAGUACUUGGCUUUUUAUGUCUGUUUUGAUUACAUGGACUUUAUAUCCAUAAUUUCUAUUGUCCUCUCCUCCCACAUCUCCAGAGUUUGCUAAUGCCUCAUAAAUUGUCUCCAGAUUUUGUGGUCUGGUUGUGUUCAUCAGCCACGAAAAACUGUUUGCUAGUUUGUAAAAAGUAAAUUACAAAGAAGUACACAAACUUGCAGCCAUUUCUUUUUUCGUUUUGUUUAAGGGUUUACACUUUUUAAAGCUUUGCAGUUUUGUUGGAUCUGAUACAAAACUCCAAUCAGUCACCUCAAGACCUAUAUAGAGGAAUUUGUAUUCUCUUGUCAAAUAGUGAUAUAUUUUACCCAAAUUAAAGUGAUACUACUGCUUUUACCAGCUGAUCAAAGAAAUUCUUCUGUCAGAUAUGUUUUUUAUGAGGCACUGACUUAAUCCUGCAGAUAUACAGUUCACCCAGUGCGGGCCAAAGCCAGUGUUUUGACUCACUGCUUCAAAUAAAGUUUUAUAGACUACUUUUUGCUAUGUUUUUAAAUAGGUAAACUUUGCUGCAACUACUGCAUUUUUUAAUAUUGGUGAAUAAAUAAGAAAUCAUGAUUAAAAUGUAAAAUGAUCUUAAUAAUGUAAAGGAACACUUGCUAGCUUUUUCUGUAGUUUCCAACUGUAUCUCACUUUCUUUGUCACCAAAUUGAUGUUGAGGAAGACUAUUAGAUGUAACCUUUUAGUUAAGAUCGUAUUCACAAACAACUUCUCUCAAAAAUGAAUAUUGCACCAUCACCAAAUUGCAUCAUAUUUCUAGGGGCUCCGAUUGCUUUAACGCCUAAAUUUUAAAUAUUAAACCUGUGUGUAGUUGCAAA